AUGUUCACAAACAAAAUUUAUGAUUGUUUGAAAAUUUACCUAGAUCGAUACUUAUUCGGCUUCGAUAAAAACCAACUUAACAUGUCCAUCAUUAAAGGCAAUAUCAACUUGAAAUCGGUGAAUAUCAGACCAGAUGAAGCCAAUCGCAUUAUUGAUGGGUUAAUGUUGCCGUUUAGCAUACUGAAUGUCUGGAAUAAUCCGCUUGAACUAGCUAUUGAUGAUCUUUAUUUGAUUCUUGGACCAAAUAUGAGUUUCCUGAGUCACAAUGAAAGCUAUAUAGGGGAUGAGGGACUUGAUGAUUCUUACGACUCUACUAAUGUCUUUAAUAUAUUUGAACAUGACCUGCAGAUAAAAAACAAGGUUAAGAAUAUUGAUAAAAUUGAGCCUAAAAAAGAAUAAAACAGUGAAAAUAAUGAUGAUGAUUCGUUAAAGAGUAAUUCUCACAAUUUAAUGAAAAAUUUGAGAUUGACUAUAAAGCGACUUCAUAUCAGGUUUGAAGAUGAUUACUUUUCAGCGUAGUCUCCGUACUCUUUUGGAGUUGUGAUAGAUUAAGUGGAUUUGAGAACAUCAGAUACUGAGUGGUCAUUCGAUUCACUGCUACACUUAAAUUUUUUCAGAGUUAAUCCCUAGCAUAAAGAGGAGGAUAACAAAGGACAGGGUUUUAUGAUAUUAAAAGAAUUAAACUUGACAAAUGCCAAUCUUUAUGUUAAUACUAUGAGUGAGAUGUUUAUCCCUUCAAGUUUAUGGGAAUAAACCAGGCAUUUAGAAAAUUAAAUAUUUGAUGCAAUGCCAGUUGAAUCCUUAAAUGACCUAAUGAAUGAUUUUUUGAAAAUGGGCAGUGCUCCUUAGCAAUCUAAACCAUUCGCCUAGGCAAAGUUUACAUUCUUGUUUACUCCUUUCAAAGUAAACUUAACCCCCGGAAUAAUUGAUGACUUGGCAAGAUUUUACGAAUUCAUUCAAAACUUCUCAAUAUCUCUUGAUUUAAAAUAGUAUCGCCCUUAGAGAAAGCCUAUAUGCUUAAGCGAUUUAAAUGGCCAAGACAUUUAAGAUGAUCAUAUAAAGAGAAAGCGUAAGCUUAUUGUCAGAGAUUGGUUUUUCUUUGCGGUUUGGUAUAUUAGAUUGAGAAAUUUGUUGGUGAAUUUCUAUUCAGAGUAGCUGAUUGAGAAAGAACUUGAGUAGAAUUAAGAGCAGUAUGAAAACUUGAUUAAGGCUGCGUAAUCAGGAAAAUCAAAUAUGAAACAAUUUAUGGAUGAUGCUUCUAAGAAAAACAAUACACAGUAAUCUAAAGAUAAAACUGAAAAUUUAAGAAAUUAUGAUGAAAUCUUAUAGCUUUACAAAUUCUAAGGAAUUACUUUAAAUAUCUAUGAAAACCUUGAUAAAUAUUCCUGCAAAAACAAGUAAAGCCUACCUUCUUUUGAGAUAGAUUUAGAUUCACUUGUAUAUGCCAGUGAUUUUAACUUUAUCAAUUCAACAACUAGAAAAUAACUUGUCUUUAAAGAUAUGAAAGUUUUUCAUUCGUAACUCUUCAAAAGAGAUCAAUAGUUCAACCAGAAUUUAGGAUUAUAGUAAAAAUAAUCUUUAAGCCUGCAGAAUAAUAUCAAUUAAGUACCUACAGAUCAGAUGAAAAGUUUGACUUUCAGAGACAAUGGUUAAAAGGGCACCCCUGGCCUGAAUAGAGGUCCUUCCAAUCAAAGUUAUCAAUAGAUUCAAAAUCCUACGAUCAGUGGCAUGGGUGCUUAAGUAAGUACAUCAGCCUAAGGCAUAAAGUACGGAGUCAGCAGUUCUUAUCAGCAACCCUUCAAUAAUAGUAAUUAAACUUAAUUUUCUAAACUUUAUAUAGGAGGUGGGAUUCCAAAUAAUAAGUAUUCAAACUAUUACUAGGCUUAAAAUCACAAUAUCAACAUUAAUAAUGGUUAAAUGGGUUAUAGUCAUGGAAAUAACUAUACUCAGAGAAACCUCUCUUAGCAAAAUAGUUCUUAAGUUGUUAAUAGCAGCACGAAUUCUUAGAUGGAGAAUCAAAGAAACACUAGGAAUUCUAAGCCUAGUUAAAUUCAAUAGAACUAAUAGACAUCUAUUCUUGAUAAUAUAUUUGGACUGAAAUAAACAUUUGAGAGCUUUUUCGCUAACUUUACAGGAUCUAAUGAUAAUAAUCAAGCAAGCAACAAUAAAGAUCAAAAUUCAAGUUAAAUUCAAAUCUAGAACACAUUCGAUAACAGCAAUAGUUAGAUUAAUAUGAAGCACGUCUAAAGCCCACUUAAUAACCAGUUUGAAAGCAAAAACAUGCAAGGAAAUAACAGCAGACUGAAUAACACUUAAAAUAUAAUUGACAAUAGCUAUUAAUACUCACAAAACAAUAAUAGUUAUGGUCAGAAUGUGUCUACUCCAUAUAGGCCUGCAGGAUUAAGAGGAGCAUACUAUAACAACAUUUCUAGUACAACUCAGAGAAAAAAUUAGAAUGAUUUGAGUGAUAUCUUAGGGGUAGGAUAGGGUAUUAAUAAUUAGAUCUAGUUUAAUAGAAGAGGACCUUCAUAGCAGAGCAAUACAACAACUACUAAGGUAUCAGUCUAUCAGGCAUCAUCAUAACAAGUACCUUUAAUCAAUCAUCAGUCAUAAUGGUAAAUUGAGACCUUUGAAUCUGCAAAAUAAUAAAACUGUGUUGUAUAGAGAAUUCAAGUGUUGCACCUUUGCAGCUCAAAUAAUUUACAAGCGGCUUUUAGUAUUGAUUAGAACUUAGCAAUGAUCCCUUAGAAGACAUCUUCGAUCAUUAGACCAAAGAGUAUAUAAAUAGAUGUGAAUGUAGCCUAACUUGAUCUUUAAUACUGCAAUGACAUCAUUAAGAACAUGUGCGACACUCUGGUAGCCUAUAAAAAGCUACAUGUAUUCAGAUAUAUUCCGUUGAAGAAUCUAUUUUAAAGGAGGGAGAAUAUAUAGCGUAAGAUCUAACUCCACAUUCCAUUCUACCUUAUCAAGCAGGUGUUCGCUUCAAAGUCAACAUAAGCUCGUAGUUCAAUUUUGAGAGAAAAACCCAAAGAUAAUUAGUUUGAAGAAACCUAGAAGCUAAAAAUGAAUAAAAAUAUGAGCUAAUUUCAAAUGUAAAAUAAACGUGGAAGUAACAGAGGAGUUGGAAAUGAUAGCAGUGAAGAUGAAAAUAUCAGUGAUCAAGAGGAUGUUGAUUACAAGACUACCAAAAAGUACAUUCAGCAAGCAGUUAGCAAUAAAAAAGACUAUUUUUAGGCAAACAAGAAUUUCUAGAGCACUUAGGAUCUAAAGGAUUAGCAGCUAAAGUCUUAAGCGGAAAAGACUUUUGGAUUUCAAAGCUUUCAUGAAGACUUCAUAGUUAAAAAAGCUGUUGAAUAUGAAAAGACCUAUACAAGGGUUGACAUUUAAGUUAGUGUUAAUGUUAACUCGAUCUAAAUCACUGUCAUACAGCCAAGGGCUAAUGUAAAUGAAUAGCAAAGAGCAUUAUGCAAGCUUUCGAUUAAUCAGAAUCAAAUCAGCUUGUACAAAAAUAACUAAGAGAGUGGAUUCGAUGCCUUUGGCAUGUAGUUCCAAACUCUUAACAAGUUUGAGAUGUAUUAUCUCUUUGUCAAAAACUUGAGAAGAGGCCUUGAUAUCUAUCUUUAGAAUCCAGUCUUCUAUUCGAGUGAAGUGAAUAACUUUGAUUAGUUGAGAUAGGUAUUCAGAAAAGUGUUUAGACCUAAGGUAGCUAUAGCAGGAAAUGGUGGGAAUAAUUUCAAUGAUGUCAGAAAUACUAUUAAGGAGUAUCUCGCACCUAAGGAUAAGGUUUAUGGAAAUAAUUAGAGUGAACUUUAUUCUAAAAUUUCACCUAAGAAUCUAAUAUACAACGCCAAUGCAGUAUAGGAGCAAGAGAUGCUAUUUAAUAAAGGGAAAACUAAGACUUAGAACAAGAAAAAUGUUUCUAAGUAUGAUGCUCUAUUUAAUAAUCUGGACAAUGGAAAAGAAGACCUGGACCUAGACUAAAUUUCUUAAUCGCAUACCCCAGAGUUGUCAUAUAAAAAUCUAAAUCUAAACGACAACAAUAAGAAUGAUUACAAAUCUUUAAAGGACUAGAAAUCCUAAUAGCAGUAAAAGUAAUUGUCAAAGGAAUACAACUUAAACGAUUAAAAGUAGAGAGAAAACAACUAUGAAAAUAAUGGAACAGACUUUUAAGUCUAUUAUACUGAGGAAAUGGAGUAAGAUGAGGCUAAAGAGAUUCAAAAGAUGAUUAAUGGAUCUUCAGACACUCCUCUAAUAUCAGGAAAGAAAAAGCAAAACUAAUCAUCAAAUCAAGUUCAAUCAUAGCUAGAUCAUUAGUCAACUUCGAUAUCCUAGCCAUAAUAAGUAAAUCCUUAAAGUUUCUUAGCAUAGAUGAGAAAGAAGUAAAACACAGAUCUCCCAACUGCUCGAGGUCUGCCUGUUCCUAUAAAGCCACCAAAUAACCAGAAGACCCCAAGCAACGGAUUUACUCCAAAUGUUUUCUAGAAUAAUGCUAAAAUGUUAGGAGGAGGAAUUACUACCUCUAAAAAUGAAACAGGAAAGAACAGCCAUAACACAAGUAAAAAUUAACUUUUAAAUAGAGGGAAAUCAUAAUAGUCCGAAGAUAUUUUCAAUUCUAAUUUUGCUUAAUAAUAGCUUUAGCAGCAUUAAAAUGAUAAGAAAUAAUAGCCAAGUGUGAAGCAGUUCUCUAGUAAUAUAGAUCAUUCAACUAAGGCUGGGAAGCAGAUUUCAAAGCAACAGAAAAGUAAUAAGGGAUCAUCAUGUGAAGAGGAUAUGGCUUUUGAGGAAAGAAAUGACGAACUUGGAUUUGCAGUAAUGCUAAACAAGCAAAUGAAUACAGCCGCACUCAAAAAGACAAAGUCCUAAAACUAGGCAGAACCUUCUUUGACUUCACAUACUUAAACUAAUUACACUCAAUAAUAUCAGAUUAAUUAAAGGAUGAAUCAAAUGGCAUACGGUUUUAAAAAUAACAAGUUUUGA